UGCGGCUCCUUUCCCCCGCCCCUCGAAGUCUCGGCCGCCAUCCGGGGCAGGAAGAGCGCCAUGGCCGGCGGCUUCGCGGCGGCGCUGGUCCUGCUCGCCUCGGCCCUCCUGGGCUUCCGCGAGGGGCGGGCCGAACAGGAGCUGCGCUUCAAGCCCGCGCCCCGCCAGAGACCCGUGCGCCUCUUCACCGAGUCCGAGCUGGCGAGAUACGGCGGGCAGCAGGAGGAUCAGCCUAUUUACAUAGCUGUGAAGGGCGUGGUGUUUGAUGUCACCUCUGGAAAAGAGUUUUAUGCGAAAGGAGCACCGUACAAUGCGCUAGCUGGCAAAGAUUCCACACGAGGGAUUGCAAAGAUGUCGCUUGAUCCGGUGGAUCUCACGCAUGAUACAGUGGGCCUUACGGAAGAGGAGCUGCAGUCUCUGGAGGAAACCUUCCAAAAUGUCUACAAAGCCAAAUAUCCCAUUGUCGGCUAUACUGCCCAAAGAAUUCUCAAUGAAGAUGGCAGCCCUAAUCCAAACUUCAAACCCGAAGAUCAGCCACACUUCACCAUUAAGGAUGAGUUUUGACCCAGUGGCAUUGCGGUUCUAAGAAGCGGCGGGUACUGUCCUGCAUUACAACAGAAAAUAGACAAAAGCAAGAUGUAUGGCUGAUAGCAGGACGAACCCUCGGAAAACCGAGUGGCGUAGCAUGCCUGUGGCAGGAUGUAUUUUUUUACAUCUUUAAGGGUAAAACUAGGUACCAGGUGCUUACUAUGCUAUCUUGGCUCUGCAGCUGAUGAGCCAGUAACAUCAUGGUAAAUGUGGAAAUUUAUUUUAGUCCAAUUCUCUCCUCCCCAGUGAAAUUUUCCAGGCCUUUCUAUCUACCUGUCACUUGGCUAACUAAAUACGAGUCUUUAUGAGAAGGGCAGUGCUUGCAACAAAAGGCUGCAGCGUGGAGCGUUACUGGUUCAGGGUGCCAGCCAGCCAUGCCAGCUUGAAGUAUUCCAUUCCACCCACCCACUGUUCUGUUCUCUCCCCCCCCCCCCCGGACAACAGUAAAUUGGCAUUCUGCGCCCACUGAGCAUGCUCCAUCUCAGUGGGCUGUGUUUGUGGUUCUUUUCUUUCUACAAACUUUGCAGUAAACCAAGGCUGCUCAUGGCCUCCCUCUCUCGUUUUAUAUUCAUUAUAUUUAUUUACUGCCUUCCUAAACUGCAUAAUAGUCAAAGCUUUCUGGGUGGGCUCCAGAUUUUCUUGGGUUGUGGACAGGACACAGAACAUGCCUGCAGAUAUGAACCUUGCACUGCGUACUUUGUUAUGGUUGUUUCGUAAUGACUUCAAUAUUUCCAGUUUCUUUAACCUGAGAUUAACUGCAUCUGUGUUUUGUCAUCUUAGAUAUAAAUUGGGUCCCCUGUAUUAUUAUUUUUAACUGUCUCACUGCGGCUUGGUCAUAUUUUAUUUACUUCAGUCCUCUGGAGAGAGGGUUGCGUUGUGGUUUUUUGUUCCCCUCCCCUCCUAGUUAACCUAAUUUACAUCAUCUCCAGUUUCUGCCAGGGAAAGACAUGCCCUUAUCCAUCUGUCAGAGUCCUAUUAGGAAAUCUCUUGGGCUUUAAUUUGCAUAGCUCCCGGAGAACAUGCAUGCUUAUGCUAGACAAAUUGAUGCUAACCACAGAGCUGCAGUAGCCUAAGGAGAUUGUGUCGUGUUAUGUUGAUUUACCUGAGAGGCUGAAUUAGCAAGAUGACACUGAGCAGCCACUCUGGAUUCUUCAAAGAUAAUUUGUUCUGUUGCAUUAAGCUCCCCACUGUUUGAUUUCAAAGAACAGACGAUUACACAAUCCUCUCACGGGAGGUUGUGUGUCAUACACACUAAUAAAUAAAUGAAAAUAA